GGCAGUGUUCGCCUACGGCACCGGGACUGUGGGGAACUCCGGCAGCUCCGCUCCGUAUAUUUCCACUGACCCUCCGUUGGUCGCGGUUCAUUCAUCCCAGUCACAGCAGCCACUCGGUGCGUCCGGACGGGUUCCGUCCGUCCUUCCAUCCCGUCUGUCCAUCCCGCUCCCUCCGUGCGCGUCCAACCAUCCAGCGGCGCGCUGCGUCCACAUCUGCACCCGGGGAAGGUCACGCGCGGCGUUUCUAAUCGGAACAUCUGUCAACUUUUUGACAGCGCACUCCUCUCCCCCGGGUCUGCGUUUCAUCAGCGGGGAUUAUUGCUGCGUCGAGCCGGUUGUCUGACAGACGCUGGCCGGAUGCAUGGCUGACCUCCCCACUCACUGAUCGGCUUGCUGAGCUGCUGUCAUGGCCAAGAGCCCCGAGGUGAAGCUGGCCGUCUUCGGCAGGGCCGGCGUGGGCAAGUCAGCUUUGGUGGUGAGAUUUCUGACGAGGCGCUUCAUCUGGGAGUACGACCCGACACUCGAGUCGACGUAUCGCCAUCAGGCCAACAUCGACGACGAGGCGGUCACCAUGGAGAUCCUGGACACCGCGGGACAGGAGGACAUCCAGCAGAAGGAGGGUCACAUGCGCUGGGGCGACGGGUUCAUCCUGGUGUACGACGUCACGGACCGGGGCAGCUUCGAGGAGGUGGCGCCGCUGCGGAGCCUCCUGGAGGACGUGCGGCGGCCCAAGAACGUCCCCCUGGUGCUGGUGGGCAACAAGUGCGACCUGGAGCACGCGCGGCAGGUGGCCACGGAGGAGGGCGAGCGGCUGGCGGCCGAGAUGGCGUGCGCCUUCUACGAGUGCUCGGCGUGCGCCGACGAGGGCGGCGCCGUGGCCGAGGCCUUCCACGAGCUGUGCCGCGAGGUGCGGCGCCGCAAGGCCGUGCAGGGCAAGGCCCGGCGCCGCAGCUCCACCACGCACGUCAAGCAGGCCAUCAACAAGAUGCUGACCAAGAUCAGCAGCUAGAGGCCGCAGCCAAAACGUGUACAGGACAAAGAUGUGAUGUGCAAUCUGUUACUUGUUUUGAUCUGACAUCUGAGACCACAUCAUUUCCCCGAAGCCUUUCCUCCUGCUUCAGCACUGAAGCCUAAUGAACAGGACACACAGUGAAUCAUGAAUACGGUGAAGUUCCCAAGCGUCUUGCUCUGCAUGCAAAGAAUUAAGACGCCACGAACGGGCGGCGUUUGCCCGUCAGCGAGACAUCUGUGAUGUGCUGUGCUGUAUGUUUAAGCGUUACACCUGCUAUUAGAGUCAAUUAGCCCGGGCCGCCGGCGCCCGUCCGUCAAACGGCGGAACGAGGCCUGUUCCGUAAACGUCUGUGUGCGCGUCAGUGGAGUGAUAUAAAACAGCAACGUGUCACUUGUGCUUUGACGGGAGCCGUUCACGAGCCGUUCACUGAGUGUUUUUCUGCCGAUGUUUGUGUUGAAACGCGUUGACAUUUUCCCACUGUUUCCACCCUGAGCUGUGAAAUUCAGGGGGAACUGAAUCUGUGCCUGUUUAGUUUUUUUUCUAGCUGUUGCUCACUGUACUGAAACUAAAAUAACCAUGCAGCACAAUGUUCCUCUCUACUGUUACCCUGCAGACAAAAAGAGGCCCGGACAGGUUAUUAUGUUACAGUCACUGACACUGCAGGGUGGAUCGAGUGUGGCUGCAGCUCUCUGGAGCUUUUGGGGCAGUGCAGAUAUUUUUAUUACCCAGACGCCUGAAAUUUGAACCAAUUUAAAAACAAAAAAACCCACUUCUAACAGUAACGGCAUUAACAAAGGGGGAAACCUCCCAACUAAACGCAUCCUGUUACUUCAAAUAGACUGCUGACUCAGCGGCUCGGCUCGGAAAAAAAAAUAGCCCGAUGCCGAAAGGAGUGGCCCCCGGCUAUCUGGCAGGUAAUUACUGGAGGCAGAAGUCCCAAAAUAACCACUCUGCCUGAUCCUCGCCAGCCGGACUCGGGGCAGCGAGUGGAUGCAGCGGGACUGCGGCACCCGACACCCGGCAGGACGGAGGCCAGGCUCCCGUCAGCCUCCAACAGUCCCAAAUGAACUUCCCCUGUAGCAGCCGAAGGGUCAUUGUCCCCACAAAACAGAACCCACACUAUCAGGUUACAGUUACUGUAAUCAACAUUCACACUUGAAAGGGUGCUGUUGUUUUGCGGCAUCACCAUCACCACAGGGGCUUAUGGGUAAUGCGGUUCUCACAAGCAGCCGGACUAUAAAACUGACAUUAGGUGGUCUACAUUUCACACAACGGGCAAAGUCAACCAGUCCGUUGUCAGGAAGGACAUUUAAGGAAAUUUAUUUAUGAUGCUAUAAUAAAGUCAUAUAAUAAAGCUUUGAAUGAGUAAAAACAAUGGAAAUGUAAAAACAGACUGAAUUAUCAAUCACGACCCGACGCGGAGCCCAUUCAUCACGUUGAAUUGUUUUUGGUGGUUUCUUAUCUCCCACUGAUUUGUCCGAUGCUGCUUUAAAUAGCUUGUUGAGCCGAGCAUGACUUGGGAGCGUGUGUGUGUGUGUGUUUAUUUACCCAUUAGUCUUUUGUAGCCCGGCGCUCAGCUGUUUGGGAAAACGUUGAGAAAGCACGUAGUGCACCUCUCUCUGCGCUCGCUGUCAACAUCUCUGGAGGGAACGCCACGUCUCCAGAGUGAAACCCAUUCCCAUGUCCUCGCCGAGGCGGGGACCUCCAUGCAUCCUGUUUAGAUACGGAAGCUUGGUGGUGGUGGUGGUGAGGAGGAGGAUUAGCGCUGCAGCAUAAAUAACAGUGAGGGAGCAUUGUGACUGACAGGUGACUGAGAAUAAAUCAAAUCGUACUCAAGGCCCUCUUCAUAAUACGUUCCGUUCUACGGCAGAAGGAAAUGAAAGGCCUGCAGUCAGGGGCAGCCUUCCCUCUAUAAACAUCCAGACCCUCCAAAAGCUCUUCUCACCUCUUCAGCCCGGUCUUUUACAAACAACACGCGCUUCUCCCUCAAGCGAGCUGGCGACAUGCCGACAAGCUGUUUAAGUUCAGCCCCAAAGGGUUUGUUUCCAAGCUUCUAUACGAACAUGGCCUCAAGUUCAUCCCUGAGGGUGUUCUAAGUGUUUUGGAGAAUGCAGUGUGUAGGUGUGUGAGCAAUUUGUGCAAAACAUCUUAUCUCGCAUCUCAACACUUGCUUGAUGUAAAAUGGAGAACAGGAAGUGAGGGGGAGGCUGAAGGCCACAAACAAACAAACGCCAGCAUCCAGCAACAAAAGGCAGACGGCGAAAUGAAGGAAACAAGAAUAGACGGCAAAAUGUACAGCAGGGUCAACACGAACAGCAGCACAGAGGUGGUGCUGAUCAGUGUGAGGGAGGCGAGGUGGGUAGAGGAUGCAGCACAGGUGCAGGUGGAAGUCAGGUGGGAGGUCUGGGGACACCUGGUGGCUGGAGAGGGGAUGACAGGAAGUGAGGGACACCUGAAGGAAAGAGAGUGUUCACUCAAAAAGCAAAACCACGCAAACAGGACUGAGGCAUGAAUUCUCAUGUUCCUACGGCAGACAUAUAUUUUAUUUUAUCAGUAGCUUGAUAGAAGCACAUGAAUGUUUAUGGUCGCUAGAUGGUUCCUAUUAUACUGUAUUAUAUUAGAACUCAGGAGUCUCUUCGAACAAAUAAAAACUAAAGGAAUGAUUAA